GCAUUAGAAUAAAACAAUCACAAAAGUCUAUCCCUACACCAACUACCACCCCAAAGUCCAAACUCCGAAAGGAAAAACCAUCUCGUUUGUGUGUGUGUUAAGAUAUUUGCAAGUUACAGAGAGUUCCAAAAUGGGGUUUUCUUCUCUUAUUCGGUCUGGCAUUAGCAAGAGGCUUCUCUCAACAAAUACCCGCUCCUCCGUUAUCGCUUUUUCUUGGUUUGUGGGUGAUGGAUCUUUGAAUCAUGUUGGUGGCAAUUAUGAAAAUAAUCGUAAUAAGAUGAAUAAGAUUUCGAAGAGGUCAUAUCAUGUGAGCUCAAGUGAGUAUAUGCGUGGAGUUGUGUUUUGGGAACCCGGUAAACCACUUACCUUUGAAGAAUUCCAAAUUCCUCGCCCCAAAGCUUCUGAGCUUCUCAUUAAAACCAAAGCUUGUGGAGUUUGCCACUCUGAUCUUCAUGUUAUAAAAGGAGAACUUCCAUUUGCUAGUCCUUGUGCUAUUGGGCAUGAAAUAACUGGGGAAGUUGUUGAACAUGGACCAUUGACAGACCAGAAAAUUAUCGCAAGAUUUCCUGUUGGAUCUCAUGUUAUUGGAGCUUUCAUCAUGCCAUGUGGUAACUGCUCAUAUUGUUCUAAGGGCCAUGAUGAUUUGUGCGAGGACUUCUUUGCUUAUAACCGAGCCAAAGGAACUCUCUAUGAUGGUGAAACUCGGUUAUUUCUCCGGAACAGUGGAAACCCGGUAUACAUGUAUAGCAUGGGAGGCCUUGCGGAAUACUGUGUUGUUCCGGCGCAUGGAUUAACUACUUUACCAGACUCAUUGCCAUACACGGAAUCUGCAAUAUUAGGAUGUGCAGUAUUUACUGCCUAUGGUGCUAUGGCCCAUGCAGCAGAGGUGCAUCCUGGGGAUUCUAUUGCAAUCAUUGGAAUUGGGGGUGUUGGCUCAAGUUGUUUGCAGAUAGCAAGGGCAUUUGGUGCCUCUGAUAUUAUUGCUGUGGAUGUUCAGGAUGAUAAGCUACAGAAAGCUAAGAUUUUUGGUGCAACUCACACUAUAAAUUCCACCAAAGAAGAUCCUAUUGAAAGUAUUAGAGAAAUAACUGGGGGAAGAGGUGUAGAUAUUGCUGUGGAGGCCUUGGGCAAACCACUGACAUUUUCUCAGUGUACGCAGAGUGUAAGAGAUGGAGGGAAAGCUGUCAUGAUUGGACUUUCACAAGCUGGUGCUGUUGGAGAGAUAGAUAUAAAUCGUCUUGUUCGUCGAAAGAUUCAAGUCAUUGGCUCAUACGGAGGAAGGGCAAGGCAAGAUCUUCCCAAGUUGGUUAAACUUGCAGAAUCAGGUAUUUUCAAUCUGACUGAUGCUGUUUCAAGAAAAUACAAAUUUGAGGAGGCAAGCAAAGCAUUCCAGGAUCUCAACCAAGGAAAGAUUGUUAGCCGUGCUGUCAUUGAGAUAGCAUAGUUUUUCUGGUCCAACCCAAAUUCUCAACUUCAAUAAUAGUGGCGUUGACUUGAAAUAUCUCCUACUCAUCUGAUGCAGUUAUCCUACAAGCCUUACCCAACCUGUUAUUCCGUAUCGCUGUACAUAUUUGUUUUACUUUAUCAUUUCCUAUAGUAUGAUAUUGCUGCCAUUUUGAAGGUAUAAUUUGUUCAAAGUCUGAGAAGAACAAGCCCUUCAAAACUAUUCUGACAUGAAUUACGGUUUGGUUUUCCCGUAUCCAUUAAUUCAUAGCUUGGAUUUGUGGAUUCCUA